CUGCACUACGGGACCCUCCUGGGCAGCAGAGCUUGUGCCCACAUGGCAGCAGCUGCCUGGGCCAGUGGCUUUCUCAAUGCUCUCAUGCACACAGCCAAUACAUUUUCCCUGCCCCUGUGCCAGGGCAAUGCCCUGGGCCAGUUCUUCUGUGAAAUCCCACAGAUCCUCAAACUCUCCUGUUCCAAAUCCUAUCUCAGGGAACUUAGACUUCUUGUGGUUACUAGCAGUUUAUCAUUUGGUUGUUUUGUGUUCAUUAUUUUCUCCUAUGUGCAGAUCUUCAGGGCUGUGCUGAGGAUCCCCUCUGAGCAGGGACGGCACAAAGCCUUUUCCACCUGCCUGCCUCACCUGGCUAUGGUCUCCCUGUUCAUCAGCACUGCAGCAUUUGCCUACCUGAAGCUCCCCUCCAUCUCCUCCAGAUCCCUGGAUGUGGCCCUGUCAGUUCUGUACUCAGUGGUGCCUCCACGGGAGAAGACCCGGUAG